AUUCAGUCCGAAAUAGGGAGUCAUGUCUGUCUUUGUUCUUCAAACACAGCCUGUACAUACUCUACAUGUGUCAAGACAAUAUUUGAACUCAAAAAACAAAUACACCCCUGUUUGCUAUCCUGGCUCCAAAAUGGUGGAACGAGCUCCCAAUUGAUAUCAGGACAUCAGAGAGUCUGCAUUCAUGGUUGAAUGCACUUAUUGUAAGUUGCUUUGGAUACAAGUGUCAGCUAAAAGAAGUGUAAAGUAUUUGGAAAUUAACCGAGGAACCAGGAGUUCAGCACGGUCCAUAGCUUACUGUACACAAGGCAGCUGAUUGAGGAGUUGUUAGAUCCACAGAGCUGCCAUGCUGAGAAGAAGCAGGAGCGGACGGGCUCGCCAUUCAGCCUGGAGUGAAACACGGAAAGAAACAGAUGCCAUGGCAGUGAUCCAGACGUCAGACAGAGGGGGGUUGGAAGGCCAGGUAACGACACAGAUCAGCAACAUGGAGCUUGAAGUGGAUUACCUGGAGAGUUCUCAGGCCAUGUCUGAGGUGGUGGCCUUGCCUGGUACAGAACCGGUGAUCGGGGAGUCUUUCUGCCAGUGUGACCGACAGGAAGAGCUCAGCCUGGGCCUCAGCGUCAGCGCUGACUGCCUCUGUGGGGAGGAGGAUCAGGGUUUUGACUGGGAGUGGGACGAGCGCUUCAACUCAUCCGGAGCCUUCCUCAGCUGUGACAACAGGAAGGUGAGCUUUCACACAGACUACAGCUGCGGCACAGCGGCUAUCCGCGGCACCAAGGAGCUCGCAGAGGGACAACACUUCUGGGAAGUGAAGAUGACCUCUCCCAUCUAUGGAACUGAUAUGAUGGUGGGCAUUGGGACUUCAGAGGUGAACCUGGAGAAGUUCAAAUUCAGCUUUGGCAGCCUGCUGGGAAAUGAUGAAGAUAGCUGGGGGCUCUCCUACACAGGUUUCCUCCAGCACAAAGGGGACAAAGUGAGGUUCUCCUCUCGGUUUGGCCAGGGCUCCAUCAUAGGAGUGCACCUCGACACCUGGCAUGGCACCCUGACUUUCUACAAGAACCGGCACUGCAUAGGUGUUGCUUCCACAAGGCUGCAGAACAAGAAGUUCUACCCCAUGGUUUGCUCCACGGCAGCUAAAAGCAGUAUGAAGGUGAUCCGUGCCUGCUACACCCCCACCUCCCUGCAGUACCUUUGCUGCACCCGGCUCCGCCAAAUAUUGCCCGACUGCCCGGACGUCGUCGGUGCUGUGGAUCUGCCCCCCGGCCUCCGCUCCCAGCUCCACCUGCAGCUCGGCUGGGUCUUCACGCUCAGCAGCAGCCCCGAAGCCUCGGAGCAGAACGAGGACUUGUUUGAUGAUUUCCAAGAAGAAAUUAGUCUGCCUUCCAGCCCCAUCCCGAGCCCAGUCUCCACCCUGAGUGCCUGCCCCUCCCCCAGCCCCUGCACCAGCCCCUUCCUCGACACGGUCCCCUACCAGUGCUCCUGUCCAACAUCACCUCAAACUCAGCCAUGCACUUGCCACUGCCCUCCCACUCCUCCCAGCAGCGAAUACGACAGCUGCUGCUCUGAACCUGAGGAUUACCAAAGCAAAAGAUGCCGCUGGACAUGACCCGUUAGCCAAAACGUGUCUGUAAGUGUUUGGCGAACAGCUAUUCUACGAUUGCCAUCAACAUCUCCUGUUGGAAAUUAUAAGUGCAACCUCAUCUUUGAGCCAAUAUUUCUACUUUUUGAGGGGAUUUGUACUUCUCUUUAUUAAGAGUAUGUGACAUUCAACACCAAUUCAGCUACUGAAUCAACAACUUUGUCAAUGUGAAUGUGAGAAGUGGAGAUUUGAUAGUGACAUAUGGGUCAUUCAACUGCAUUUUAGCCAAUGUUUUAAUAAUAAUACCUGGAUUAAUAAUAAGUAUAUUCUGAAUAAUUAUCAGAAUAAUAAUCAUUAAUAAUACACAUUUAUAAUAAUAAUCUUAAAUUACUUUAUGGAAGGCCCAAUGUUUUACCAUCUGACUAAGAAUAAUGUGAAAGUGUACACUUGUUGUUCUCUGGGGAAUACUCCGGGGAAACGGCUUUUUGAUACUGUGGAAAUGACUUUUUGUAAAUGUGUUUUGUAUCAGCAUUUUGAUUGAAUAUCAACGGUGGAUGUGUUUUUGCUUUACAAGAGAAUUUGCUUUUCUAUUUACAGUUUGUUUAUUAACUUUCUUACUCACGACUGUGGCUGCGAGGGAGUGCGGUCGUCUUUCAACCAGAAGGUUGUGGGUUCGAUCUCAGCCCAUGCAGUCAACAUAUCGAUGUAUCCUUGGGCAAGAUACUUAACCCUCAGUUGUUCCCGAUGGCCAACGGUGUGUGAAUGUUAGUUCCUAGAGUAACAUACACUGCUCUGUGUGGAUGGGUGAACGACAUGUAGUAUGUAAAGCGCUUUGAGGGGUCUUAAAGACUGGAUAAAGCGCUAUAUAAGUACAGUCCAUUACUCAAGAAAUUAUUUAAAACUAUAACAAAUGAAGUUUGGUU